AUGGCGAUCAACGCUGCUCAGUCUUCGCCGAGCCGAGGAAGAUGGGGUAGUGUAGAGGAGGAACUGGCUUACUACAAGGCCCAGUACGAGACGCUGGAGACGGAACUGCAGGAGUUUCAGGCAUCAAGCAAGGAACUGGAAGCCGAGCUUGAGCGCGAUGUCGAAGAGAGCGAGAAGCGGGAGCGCAAGCUGCAAGAAAAGGCAGAGCGGCUGGGAUUCGAGGUAGAGGAGUGGAAGACAAAGUACAAGCAGAGCAAGACCGAGGCCAACAAUGCGCAGAACACUUUGCAGAAGGAAAUCACCGCGAUGCGCGAAAGCCAACGAGCCCUCCAGAUGCGACUCCGGGAUAUCGAAGUUCAAAGCGACGAUUUCGAGCGUCAGGCACGCAAUCAAACAUCAUCACUGGAGGACGUGGAAUCCAAGUACAACGUAGCUAUCGAGCGCAGUGUCAUGCUGGAAGAAGAGAUCAAGAUUGGAGAGCAGGAGCGAGAAGCGCUGCGCAUAGAAACACAGCGACUUAGGGACGAACUGUCGGAUCUGCGGAUAGAGACGGAGAUCACGCAGGAGAAGUUGCGCAUCGCAGAAGAGACCAUUGAAGGUCACCAUCAGCGCAAGGUAUCCAGCCAUCUCUCGGGCAAUGCCCUGAGGCCACGCUCACCCGUCUCCGAGGCGUCGACUACUGCAACUACCGUCUCGUCUCCCACAGCUGCUUCGACCCCGCCACAUUCGAAAGCAGACAGCCUACUCCCAGACACGACUCCUCCUUCUCCGCCGCUGUCUGACGCGCCCAUCACCGCAAGACAUGUACCCUCAACACCCAUGCCUAGGCGGAAGAACUCGAUUGCGCCCCUGGAUCCCGGUGCGACUCCUCGUGCCGGCUUGUAUCAGCGAGCCCCAAGACACUCACGAAACCCUAGUCUAUCAGCAUCAAGACCAAGCACAAGUGCCAGUGGGCGGGCGACGCCUUCUACUACACGAUCGACUGCACUUGCACCACGAGCGCCUAGACCGAGCUUUGGGAGCGCAGCGCCACCAGCGGAUUUGCCUAGAUCAGGCUCACUAUAUCAAAUCCGAGGGCUGAUUGGCAAGAUGCAGAAGCUCGAAGAGCGGGUUCACUCAGCACGAUCUAAGCUCCCCGCGCCAACGACGACGCCACCGCGAGCGAGCCCACGCAACGUCAGUGCCAUGGGGCACCAUGUGCCGAGCACCGUCACAUUGAGGAGCGGCAGGAAGCGCAAUUCUCACGCGUCAGCGGGUUCGUCGGUGCCUGGCGCUUACGAGUCCGGCUCUGCCGCCUGCCAGCCGAGCCUCAAUGUCGUCAGCAUCGGCAAUGCAGAGACCACAGAGCAGAAGCAGCAACAGGACGCCACUAGGUCAUUACCAGUCAUCGUCGAUUAG